CUCUGUAAGGCACAAUGUAAAAACAAAAAGCAGCCUUCUGCAACUCCCAUUAAUUAAUACUAAUAAUAUUUUAAUUACUCAACAAACAAAUUAAAACAUAAUUAAAUAUAUAAAUAUUAGGAAAAUUAAGAAAGGUAGAUGAGAAAGAAUUUCAAAAAGAGUGAGACCCCACGACAGAAAAUGGGAACAGUCCUAAUACUCCAGUAGCUAUAACCUUUACUCUUCAUUUCCCUCACUCUCACUCUUUUCUCCAAAAGUGACAUUUCCAAGCUUAAAUCGGGCGCCACCUCUACAUGUGUUGAAAUGGGUUGUGCGGCGUCGAAGCUAGACAACGAAGAAACGGUAAGGCGGUGCAAAGAUAGGCGCCGCCUAAUGAAGGAAGCCGUUCACGCUCGACACCACUUAGCGGCGGCUCAUGCAGACUACUGUCGCUCUCUACGCUUCACCGGCUCAGCUCUUUCCUCCUUCGCAGCUGGUGAACACCUUUCAGUCUCGGACGAAACCCCGGCCGUUCUUCUCCACCCUGUCAACCCCUCUCCGCCAUCACCUAGAAAACCUAUCCCUCCACGUGUACCUCCAUCUCCCUCACCUUCUCUCCACCCUCCACCUCCCCCGCCUUUCUCUCCGUCUCCUUCUCCAACAAUCGCUAGCUCCAAACUCCCCCACAUACUCUCCGCUUCGAGUAUGUCAUCUUCCGCACCCAAUCGUCGUCGGCCACGUAAGUUAGCCCCGAAACUCCCUCACAUUUUGUCCGAAUCGAGUCCUUCUUCUUCUCCUCAAAGCUCGAAAUCCGGAUUUUCCAACAACUUUUUCCCCACGGCUUAUCAAGCUAAUUCCACCUACUCCAACACUCCUUCCCAAGCUUCUUCCGUUUGGAACUGGGAAAAUUUUUACCCUCCGUCGCCGCCGGACUCCGAAUUCUUUGACGGAAAAUUACAGCAGCAAAAGCAACAACUACCACGACGGCAUCAUCAUUUAGAUUCUAACAAUUUGGAGGAUACUGAAGAUACCGAAACGGAAAAAUCAGAAUACGAUUUCUUCCGUCCACAAAAACUGAAUCACCGUUACAAUAGCAAUUCCAAUAAUGCCAAGAGCAAUUUUGAUGAGGAAACAGAAAGAGAAGAAGUGCAAUGCAGCGAGUGGGGAGACCACGACCGGUACACUACAACGAGCUCAUCCGAUGAAGAGGAGCAGGAUGAGGAUGAUGACGUGGCAUCCAGAUCCGAGAUUGGGACCCGCUCCAAUUUCGGGUCCUCGGUGAGAGGGGAGUCGGAGAAAUUGCAUCAUCUUCGUAAUCAGACUCCGCCGGUGCAGCCGCAGCCACAGCAGCCGAUAUAUGGGGCCUCCACGGGGAAUAAAAUGGAUAAUAAGUCGGAGGAUGCGGGAUCGUCGGCGGGAAGUUAUAGGACGGGUGCCAUGAUGGAUAUGAAGAUGGUGGUUCGGCAUAGGGAUUUGAAAGAGAUUGUCGAUGCGAUCAAAGAGAAUUUCGACAAAGCUGCCGCCGCCGGGGAUCAGGUUUCCGAGAUGCUCGAGAUCGGCAGAGCUCAGCUCGAUAAAAGUUUCAGGCAGUUGAAAAAGACGGUGUAUCAUUCGAGUAGCAUGUUCAGUAACUUAAGCUCGAGCUGGACUUCAAAGCCGCCGUUGGCUGUGAAAUACCGGCUCGACGCCACUGCCCUCAAUGAACCGGGCGGUUCAAAGAGCCUUUGUUCUACUUUGGACCGCCUCUUGGCUUGGGAGAAGAAGCUUUACGGCGAAGUCAAGGCUAGAGAAGGGGUAAAGAUUGAGCAUGAAAAGAAGUUGUCGGCAUUGCAAAGUCAAGAAUACAAGGGGGAGGAUGAAACCAAGAUAGACAAGACCAAGGCAUCAAUAAAGAGGCUGCAGUCACUAAUUAUUGUCACAUCUCAGGCUGUCUCUACCACCUCUACUGCCAUCAUCGGGCUCAGGGACAGUGAUCUUGUUCCUCAGCUUGUUGAUAUUUGUCAUGGCUUUAGGUACAUGUGGGGGUCAAUGCAUCAAUACCAUGAAGUUCAGACCAAUAUUGUGCAGCAAGUUCGUGGCCUUAUAAACAGAUCAGGGAAAGGUGAUUCAACUUCUGAACUGCAUCGGCAGGCAACACGUGAUCUCGAGUCAGCUGUCUCUGCAUGGCACUCUAGUUUCUGCCGUUUAAUAAAAUUUCAAAGGGAUUUUAUCCGCUCCCUCCAUGGCUGGUUCAAGCUCACGCUUCUUCCUGUCAGCAAUGACAAUGUCGAUGGCAACAGAGAGCCCUCUGAUGUAUUUGCAUUUUGCGAUGAGUGGAAGCUUGCCCUUGACCGUGUCCCUGACACAGUGGCUUCUGAAGCUAUCAAAAGUUUUAUCAAUGUGGUCCAUGUGAUUUCCGUUAAACAAACUGAAGAGCUUAAGAUUAAGAAGCGAACUGAAACUGCAUCAAAGGAACUUGAGAAAAAGGCAUCAUCUCUCCGGAACAUAGAAAGGAAGUUCUACCAUUCAUACUCUAUGGUUGGCAUUGGGCUUCCAGAUUCUGGGCCUGAUCAUGGGCAGGUUCUGGAUGCUCGAGACCCCCUUGCUGAAAAAAAAUCUGAGCUUGCAGGCUGCCAAAGGCGAGUGGAAGAUGAAAUGCUGAGGCACGCCAAAGCAGUAGAGGUGACCAGAGCAAUGACUUUGAAUAAUCUUCAAACAGGCUUGCCAGGUGUAUUUCAAGCAAUGACCAGCUUUUCUGCCUUAUUUACCGAGGCGCUUGACCAAGUAUGCUCCCGUUCCUAUCAUAUCCAAUAGUGAAUUCAUUUUUUUUUUCUUUCCCACUUGAAUUUUUGAGGUAAGUUGAAAUUUAUAAGAGCUGGGAUUUUUUUGGCUGUGGGCUCGUAUAAUUAUUGUUUUUCUUUUUGGGUUUUCUUUUCUUUUCUUGGGAAUGUGUAAAUACAUGGGAGGUCUUUUUGUUUUUUUUGUCCUCAUCUAUUGUCAAGCCAAGGAUAGGUGUCUAUGUACAGGAAAUUGCUCAAGAUUCUUGUAUGGAAAAAAAGUUCGCAAUUUCAGCAGAUGAAUAAAUACACAUAUUCUGACCUUCCCUCUGUUGCCAUGUUUUGUGUAUUCUGUGUAUACUUCACUUUUGUUUACUGAUUUAUGUUAACAACACAAAUUCUUUUCUCUUUUGGGAUGGAUUGCUUGUUUUCCCCUGUUUCCCUUGCAGGACAGGGUGGGUGGCUUAAGGUUAUAAAUAUGGUGGGUAUAGUAGGGACCAGCCAAUUCAUUAUUCGAUCAGAAGGCUAGGCUGGCCAUGUUAAAAAGCUCCAGAUCCGCUUUCCCAAGCUGAUGAACAGUUAAUAUGUAAACAAAUUAGGUGGAACAUUUCUCCAUGUGAAAAAAAAAAAGAACUGGCAAAAACAGCACACGUACUCACUCGUUUGAUAUUUGCCCACACAUUUAAUUCUACUCUGUUCAGCUGCAGACACAGAGAUUCAAUCAUGGAGCUCGGCCCCUCCAAUUUUUCAGUUUCUGGUCAACCUGACAGCUUCUGUUUUGUUCCUAUCCCUACUCUAAUCUGGUACAUUUGCUUACUGUCCCUCUAAAGAAGCCAACUUCUAUUUUGUUGGUUUUCAACCAAGUGGGAAAGUCAGUCCAAGGAAAGAAAUUGUUGUUUCUAUUGACAAACUCACAUGCAACUUCUGUUUUGUGGCAGCAAAUCAUGGUUUUCCCCAAGCAUCAGGAGAAGUUGUUGAAUCUACUGGGUUUUUUUUUUGUUUAUGGGUUUUAAUCAAAUCUUACUCUGAUGAUUAGAUAAUCAAGUGUUACUGAAUUGCUUCUGUUUUCUGACAGCAAAACUUUUGGUUUUCCCCAAGCAUCAGGGGAAGUUGUUGUUGAUGAUUAUAUAAAUCCGAGAUUCAGGUAAGGGAUUUAGUUUAAGGCUAUUGCCCCAUCCCUGAUUCCUGAUGAGAGCUUGAUUGACCGGCUGCAAGAGCGGAUCUUCACUGACAUUCAACAUUAAAAAGCUGCAAAUUGUAGAUAAGUUUUCUCUAUUUCUACAAUGUCAAGUCUCAAUCUGGAAAAGGGUAAUGUUUUCUUAA